UAAUAUUUUUAGUGUUUUCAAUUUACUUUUUCAUUUUAACCUUCAUGCAUUGCUCGCCCUCGUCGUCCCUUCCAAGGACGACGACGGAUCUAUCUUCGUAGCCACCCAAAGAACAAAUUUUAUAGAAACAGUUCUGUCAAGCAAAAAAUGUCUUUUCUUGCACCUUGUCAAAUUCUGGAGCUGAAUGUUAUUUCUGCCCAAGAACUGGCACCAGUGGCACGGUGCAUGAAAACAUAUGCAAUAGCCUGGAUUGACCCGGAGUGUAAACUAACGACUCGGGUAGACAAUACGGGCGGAACAAGCCCUACAUGGAACGACAAGUUUGUGUUUCGUCUAGACGAGGAAGCACUCUACGAUGGUACAUCAAUAGUUGUUAUAGAAAUCUACGCAUUGCAUUGGUUCAAAGAUAUUCACGUCGGAACGGUGCAAACGCUGAUCAGCGAUCUUGUGGACCCUUCUUCCGCGAUGAGAUUUGUUACCCUCGAGGUUCUUCGUGCGUCAGGUCGCCCUCACGGCCUCCUAAACAUUGCCGUGGGGCUCAUCGAUAACUCCGGACAAAGCAUGCCUCUUUUGUUUGAAGAAGAUUUGAUGUUUCACAAGAAAAAAAUAAUAUCUUCAAAACCGGCCGGUCUUCGACGGUCCAAAAGUGAUACAAGCUCAAUGGUGGAAUCACCAAGGAAGAAGGUGGCGCAACAACAAACCCGUGUGAGUUCUACUACAAACUCAGGUUUUGAGAAAGAUGACUUCUCAUCUGAUUCUCAAAUGGUUGUGUAUAAACCACAAAAGAAAACGCCAAAUGCCAUGUUGAAGCAAACGAAGCAUAACGUGUAUGGGACACCAAUGAGACCAAAGAACAAGAAUGCAUAUACUACUCCCAAAAGGAAGAAUAUUGAAUAUGGAACACCAAUGAGGUCGAGACCGGUUGUGAUCACAGAGUCUGAUUUGGGUCCUUCAGCGUCAGUGGUCGCCGCUCAAAUUGCAAAGGAGAAGGCUUUGACAGGGAGAGAUGCAGAGAGUACUGUGAUAAGUGUUGGCGCACGGAGCGUUGAGGGUCUUCGUUCUAAGCUAGAAAGGUGGCAAGCGAAUUUACCUGUUGUUUUAGACGUUGGUUCAAGUUAUCAACCAAGUUCUGACUACAAAACAAGUUCUAACUUCAUCCCUAAAUCGAGUUACAAGCCCAACGAAACCGUCCCGCGGAAUCAACAGAUGAUUGUAGCUCCUCCUCAAAAGCAAGGUGGGACGAAAAAGAAAGGAGGUGAUAACGGAUUGUUUUCAUGUUUUGGUAACAUUUGUGGCAUCGAGUGUUCUAUUGUUUGCGGUGGUUCUAGUGGACAAAAAGCAUCAAGAAGAAUAAAAAAUAAGAAAUGAAACUUUCCAAUUCAUAUUCCUCUGAAUAAUGUUUCGCUCCCUGUGUCUAUAUCUCAAGCUUAUCGAUUUUGCAACUUAAUAAUCAAAUCUGUAAUAGGAUGACAGGGACGAAGGAAUUUCAAAGUUACCAAACUUUAUGAUUCACUUUU